AUGUCCACCCCAAACCCAACCAAGAACGCCACCACCCUUCAACGCAACAAAAACCGCACCCGAAACUGCGGCGGAGACCCGUACCACAAAUGGCGUCCGCAACAUAUCCAAUGGAUGAUCGACGGCCACACGCGGUUCCAGAACUGGGAUGAUGUGAAUGAGUAUAUGAACGGCAAGUCGCGUCGACGUGGGGAGGGGGAGCCGUUCAAGACGGCGAUGGUGAAGGCUUACUGGCGGUUCUUGCGGAAGAAGCAGGAGAAGGAGGAGGAGGCUGCUGCUAAUGGUGCUACUGGUGAUGGUGGUAGUAAGAAUGAGGAUGAGGACGAGGACGAGGAUGAGGGAGAGGGAAAUAGUGAGGGGGAGAUGGGAAUGUCUUUUCGAGGUGGUAGGAAUGGCGGAGAGGGGGGUGAAAGAGGUGGGUAUAAGGAGGGAAAUGCAAGAACUGGACAAGGAAGCGAGGGUGUUUUUGGCAAGGUCCCGGAGAGAAGAAUGGUAAGUGUCUCUUUACGUAGAAGAAGACUUGGAAGUUGACAAAGAAUCCAAGGAUCUAGAUGCUGCGUUCACACGCAACAACAUUGCCGGACGACAGAAGGAGCAACGAUACGAAGAGCCACGAAACGAACAGCAAGGAAACUUUGUAUACCGAAAGGGCAUGACUUGGAGACCUGGAAUGACAUGGAACGGCUCCCUGAUCUCGGAGGAGGAUUUCCAGGCUGCGGAGAUUUUGUUGAGUAUGAGCAUGAGUGGCGCAUAG